GAGCCGAUAUGCAGUCUAAUCGGAAUGAACGCUUACACAGGUUGUCGCACAUACAGUCUACUGUCUUCAGCUGCGCAGCGGUCAAUUCGGUUGUGGACAAUGAGUGAUAGCGAGAAAUCAAGCCUUCGCUACGCCCUGCUCAGCUUUCGCUCCGAUCGACAGUGGGACAGGCUUCGACACAGGCAGCUGCUCAGAGCUAAUUCCAGGUUUUGCUGCUGGACAGCCAAGCCCGCUGCAGCUCCAAAAUUCGGCAUUGGUACCACGCUGUUUUUGCUAGUGUUAGCUAUUGAUUAUUCUCUGCGAAUAGUAUAA